AUGAGAAAAAAGUUAGUGCCCGAAGAAAGACCAAUAUGCAAUGCAGUGACCGUGUAUCGUGAAAGAGGAAAUUACUUGCAGCGCUUGGAGCAAUUCGAGAAAGCAAUUCUCGCUUACAACGAAGCUCUACGGUGGAAUAACUCCGACGUCGGUUCCCUCCUCGGUAGAAGUUUGGCUCUUGCGAAGGCUACUCAUUAUGCCGGUGCUUUAGAAGAUGCUGCACAUGCCGCUCAACUGGAGCCUGAAAAUAUGACAGCUCUGCAAAUAAGAGCUCAAGUAGAAUAUGAAAAAUGUGAAUUUGAAAGAGCCUUGGUGCUUGCUUAUAGAGGUCAGAGAUGUAGAUUUUUUCCACCGAACUUCGCGGACUGUAUCCGAUGUGCCGAAGAAACGAUACGAGAAUGUACUGGUGAUGUCGCUGCAAAGACUUUGUCAACAGUCAAAUUAAUACAUGAAAUAAAUGUGAUGGACAAGGCUUUAAGUGUCACUGCUAAUGUACCCGUACGAAAACCCAGAAUGCAGCCGCGUACAAACCGCCAAAUUCAAGAGAUAUCUCGAGUGGAAAAACAGAACGCUGAACAUAUAUCCCGUGUAAUGGCUUCCAAGUAUUUGGAGCAAAUGGCUCAUGACAAAUAUUUCCUCACUAAACUUUGUAAAGAUGAAAGACUGAACUCCGCAAAUAAACAAGGAUCGCAGACACUUCAAAUGUUGGCUAAAAAAGCGUUGGCCGAUAUCGAAAAAAGACAAGCGGUUCUUCGUGAGCGCAAACCGUUGUACGCUGCGAGAGCCUCCGAAGCCGCAGCCAGAGCCAGACUAUCAAAAGUUCGUAGACUUAGAAUUGGUAACGCUCAGCGCCAGCACGCAACAGAUGCACGACGUCUAGUAAAUACUGCUCAAGACUUAUACGAGAAACGUGAUACGGCGAAAUGCCUCGAAGCAGCAGAGUUCGGAAUGGAGCAAAUAUCGAGGAUUCCAAGCAACAUGCUGCCCGGCAAGGAUACUUUCUUACAACAGUUGUAUAACAUCGUCGCCAAUGCAUUUUUAGAUCAGAAACGUGUGAGAGACGAAAUGAGCGAAGCAGAUCGUGAAAAGAGAUCCUUUAUACUGCUGGGAAUACCGAUAUCGCGCGAACCGAGCCGUGAUUCAAUUUUGCGUACGCGACCUCCGGCGCCCGCUCGCGACGCCAAACGCCGGCUCCGCACGCUGGACCGCGCCCUCGCCGCGAGCGCCCGCGCCCCAGAGCGCUGCUACGUGCUCCACGAGCUGGCGCGCCUGCACGCCGACACUAAACAAGCGCACCGAGCAAAGUUCUACGCUUUGAAAUGCCAAGCAGAAGCGAGAUCAGCAGGCCAACGUGCGUGGUUGUUGAAUGCAACAUUUCUUCUGGCGCGGUGUCACAUCCUUCAGAACAACCGCCCAGAGUCGAGAGCAGCGUUGAUCGAGGGAGCGGGACUGGCGCGGUCGUAUGGCUAUAACGAUGUCGCGGCUUUCUUUGAUACGUGUGUCGACGUAUCAUUAGAAGGAGAAAUUGGAUCAAUUGACUCGAUAUUAGUGAAGCGCGAGAAGGCUAUGGUGAGCUUGAUGCAGGAUGACGAUAUGCGCAUGGCAGCCGAGCACUUGUUUCGAAGAAUGUCCGUCAUACCUGCUUCCAGACGUUUCUCCGUGCUGCCGGGCGCUCGCGCGGAGAGCGCGCCCGCCGCGCGCCGCGUCUCGAUCGCGCCUCAAACUCAGCGACCGGCGCGAGUCGCUCACAAAACUAGGCACCCGCUGGGAUUCCAAGAUUUCGACUUUUAAUGCAGCACUACUUUUUCUUUACGAUCUCUGUUUUGACAUGUUGUGUGUUUUCGAUGUUUUGAGACUACUUAUAUUUCUUUAAAAUUUAUCGAAAUAAAUCUAACUUUAAUAA